CCCAGGACCGGGUGCACGGGUGGCUCCGGCCGAGGCGCCGUGCUCUACGGGACGGACGCGGCGGGGCCGAGGCCCCUCCGCAGCGCGGGACCGAGCCCGCCACGCAGGCGCCGCGCCCGCCGCCAUUGUUGCCCGGGGCUUCUCGGGCCGCUCGGCUGCGCGUACGCCGGUCCGGCCACAGGGUCUCUUAGCCAUCCCUACAAGUUCUGGGCUCAGAGUUUGUAAGGAAGACUGCUAACUCUACCUUGCCUCUGUCCUGCCCCUGGCUGCAGCAGCCCUUGGUAAAUGUCUUUGUGGUUCUAGCAUGCGACUUCAAGCAUUUGGCUCACUCCUGGAGAAAUAAAGGCUGUUGCCAGGUUGACUCUCCUGUGUGUAGACAUGUUCUCCCCGAGCAAGAGGACGACCAGUUCGUCACGUGCCCAAGUCCUUCUAACGUGGAAGCCGGACAAGGCUCAGAGUGGACCCCGCAAUGCUGAGAAGGAAACCCUCGCCUCAAGACUCCUGCGUGACGCUGAGACCUGUCGGCAGAAUUUUAGGAAUUUUCCAUACCCAGACCUGGCUGGUCCUCGAAAGGCAUUGAAUCAGCUCCGAGAGCUCUGCCUUAAGUGGCUGAGACCCGAGAUUCACUCAAAGGAACAAAUCCUGGAGCUGCUGGUCCUGGAGCAAUUCCUGAGCAUCCUGCCUGGGGAGGUUAGGACUUGGGUGAAGUCCCAGUACCCGAAGAGCAGCGAGGAAGUGGUGACUCUGGUGGAGGAUUUGACUCAGAUUCUAGAGGAAGAAGCUGCUCCUCAGAACUCCACCCUUUCCCAAGAGACCCCAGAGGAAGACCCCAAAGGAAGACAAGCUUUCCAGGCAGGGUGGCUCAAUGACUUCGUGACCAAAGAAUCCAUGACAUUCACAGAUGUGGCCGUGGAUAUCACCCGGGAGGACUGGGAGCGCAUGCGUCCUGUGCAGAAGGAGCUGUACAAGACGGUGACGCUGCAGAACUACUGGAACAUGGUUUCUCUGGGACUUACAGUGUACAGACCAACCGUGAUUCCCAUAUUGGAAGAACCAUGGAUGGUGAUAAAAGAAAUUUUAGAAGGCCCUAGUCCAGGAUGGGAAACAGAAGCCCAAGAGGGUACUCCAGUGGAAAAUGUUUCUAAACUCACAAAGGAUGGAACCAAGACCAUCAAGCUGGAAGAACCCUAUGACUAUGAUGACAGAUUGGAAGGGCAAGCAACAGAGACCUUCAGGAGAAUUCCCACCAAUGAGAGAGAUUUUGGUUUGAAGUCAGUCCUUUCAGAAGAAGAUGAUCGUGCAGAAGACUAUAAAUAUGAUAUAUAUAAAAGUAAUUUUGAAAAGCAUUCAAACCUAAUGAUACAGUUUGAUACCCAAUCAGAUGAUAAAACUUCUGUGUACGACGAAGGCAAGGCCACCUUCAGUCAUGUCUCUUACGGUAUCGUACACAGGAAAAUAUAUCCCGGAGAGAAGCCUUAUAAGUGUAAUGUGUGUGGGAAGAAGUUCAGAAAGUACCCAUCCCUCAUCAAACACCAAAGUAGCCAUGCCAAAGAGAAGUCUUAUGAAUGUGAAGAAUGUGGGAAAGAGUUUAGACACGUCUCAUCCCUCAUUGCACAUCAGAGGAUGCACACUGGAGAGAAGCCCUACGAAUGCCACCAGUGCGGGAAAGCCUUCAGCCAACGCGCACACCUCACCAUCCACCAGCGGAUCCACACGGGAGAGAAACCCUACAAGUGCGACGACUGCGGGAAAGACUUCAGCCAGCGCGCACACCUCACCAUCCACCAGAGGACACACACGGGAGAGAAACCCUACAAGUGCUUGGAGUGUGGCAAAACCUUCAGCCACAGUUCAUCGCUGAUUAAUCACCAGAGAGUUCAUACCGGAGAAAAACCUUACAUAUGCAACGAGUGUGGGAAAACGUUCAGCCAGAGCACACACCUCCUUCAGCAUCAAAAGAUACACACAGGAAAGAAACCAUAUAAAUGCAAUGAGUGUUGGAAAGUGUUCAGUCAGAGCACUUACCUUAUCCGACAUCAGAGGAUUCAUUCUGGAGAGAAGUGUUAUAAAUGCAACGAAUGUGGAAAAGCCUUCGCUCACUCCUCCACUCUUAUUCAGCAUCAGACCACUCACACUGGAGAGAAAUCCUAUAUAUGCAAUAUAUGUGGGAAAGCCUUCAGCCAGAGUGCAAACCUUACCCAACAUCACAGAACACAUACCGGAGAGAAACCCUAUAAGUGCAGUGUGUGUGGGAAGGCCUUCAGCCAGAGUGUACACCUUACUCAACACCAGAGGAUUCACAACGGAGAAAAACCCUUUAAAUGCAAUAUAUGUGGGAAAGCAUAUAGACAGGGUGCAAAUCUUACUCAGCAUCAAAGGAUCCAUACCGGAGAGAAACCCUACAAAUGCAAUGAAUGUGGGAAAGCGUUUAUUUAUUCGUCAUCACUUAAUCAGCAUCAGAGAACUCAUACUGGUGAAAGACCCUAUAAGUGUAACGAAUGUGACAAAGAUUUUAGCCAGAGAACAUGCCUUAUUCAGCACCAGAGAAUUCACACAGGAGAGAAGCCCUAUGCAUGCCGUAUAUGUGGUAAAACCUUCACCCAGAGUACAAACCUCAUUCAGCAUCAGCGUGUUCAUACAGGUGCCAAACAUCGUAAUUAAUGCAUAUGGGAGACUUCAUUUAGGUUAUAAAACUUAACCAUUUAAAAUUC